GCUUCUGGAAAAGUUGAGCGCGCACACAGACCGCAGGCUGUUUGACCUAAUUUGACAGUUAGCUGAUGACUUUUCGCUGACAGCACUUUUGUGAAGUUCUCCUUUUUGCGCUAGAUGGAAUGAAGGUUGGGUAACAGAUGAGCCGUCACCCAAUACGCACAGUCGUCCGUGGAUUCAUUGGACUUGUAUGGAAAUAGAAAAACGGAGAAAAUAAAAAAAUACUUCUGGAAUAUUUUUGAGAAUGCAAAUUUAAAAUAAGUGAGACAGGAUGUGAAUUUUGUUAAAUUCUCUUUAUCAAUUAAUUAUAUCUUGUGGAGGAUUGCUUUAUUUGUCAUACAGACAUCUUCAGGUGACGGGAAAAGAGAGCUGCGAAAAGUGGACCCAUAUGGAAUAAGAACAACUGAAAAAAGAGACACUGACUUGUGUAAUAUAUUUUCUGCAUGUCAUUAUCCAUUUCAUUUUUUUCUAUGUGGACACCUACGUGGUGUAACUAGCCUUUCUUUUUUUUUUCUUCUACCAACCCGUAACGGAACCAUGCAGCAGGAACGCUUGUUCAAGGUCCUGGUCAUCGGGGACUUGGGUGUUGGCAAGACGUCCAUAAUCAAGCGUUAUGUCCACAAGAUAUUCUCUCAACAUUACCGAGCCACCAUAGGGGUAGACUUCGCUCUCAAAGUCCUCAAUUGGGAUCACAAGACCGUGGUGCGUCUGCAGCUGUGGGACAUAGCCGGCCAGGAGCGCUAUGGCAACAUGACACGGGUGUACUACCGUGAGGCUGUGGGAGCGUUGGUGGUUUUUGACAUGACCCGAGCCUCUACCUUCCAGGCUGUCCUCAAGUGGAAGGGAGACCUCGACUCCAAGGUUGCUCUGGGUAACGGGAGGCCAGUUCCGGCCGUCCUAUUGGGUAAUAAGUGUGACCAGCUGAGUACUGGUCUCUGCUCCAAACUGCCCAAACUGGAGAACUUCACUAGAGACCACGGCUUCGUGGGGUGGUACGAGACCUCAGCCAAGGACAACACCAACAUCGAUGCGGCCAUCAUGUGUUUGGUAGAGAGCAUCAUGGCGGUAGAGGAGGAGAGAUCGCCAGGUGGAGAUCCGAGAGACCCCAGUGUCCUGGUCCUACCACGCUUUGACUACAAUAUGAAAGAGAGGACAAGGCUGCCGGGGUGUGAUGGGUGUAAUAAAAAGAUUACUCUGCCGGGACGGAGAGAGAUGGGGGAUAUCUGAGAGAGAGAGAGAGAGAGAGAUGGGGGAUGAGGGGAGGAGAGAGAGAGAG